AUGCCCACCGACGGCAAGUCUAACCUCUCCUUCGUCCUCAACAAGCCCCUCGACGUUUGCUUCCAGGACAAGCCCGUCCCCGAGAUCAAAACCCCCCAUGACGUUCUCGUCGCCAUCAACUACACCGGCAUCUGCGGCUCCGAUGUCCACUACUGGCUCCACGGCGCCAUCGGCCACUUCGUCGUGAAGGACCCCAUGGUCCUCGGCCACGAGUCCGCCGGUACCAUCGUUGCCGUCGGCGAUGCCGUCAAGACCCUCUCCGUCGGUGACCGCGUCGCCCUCGAGCCCGGCUACCCCUGCCGCCGCUGCGUCCAGUGCCUUUCGGGCCACUACAACCUCUGCCCCGACAUGCAGUUCGCCGCCACCCCCCCUUACGACGGCACCCUGACGGGCUUCUGGACCGCCCCCGCCGACUUCUGCUACAAGCUCCCCGAGACCGUCUCUCUCCAGGAGGGCGCCCUGAUCGAGCCCCUCGCCGUCGCCGUCCACAUCACCAAGCAGGCCAAGAUCCAGCCCGGCCAGACCGUCGUGGUCAUGGGCGCCGGCCCCGUCGGCCUUCUCUGCGCUGCCGUCGCCAAGGCCUACGGCGCCUCCAAGGUCGUGUCCGUCGACAUCAUCCAGUCCAAGCUCGACUUCGCCAAGUCGUUUGCCGCCACCCACACUUACCUCUCUCAGCGCGUCUCGCCUGAGGAGAACGCCCGCAACAUCAUCGCGGCUGCCGACCUCGGCGAGGGUGCCGACGCCGUCAUUGAUGCCUCGGGCGCCGAGCCCUCGAUCCAGGCGGCCCUCCACGUCGUGCGCCAGGGCGGCCACUACGUCCAGGGCGGCAUGGGCAAGGACAACAUCACCUUCCCCAUCAUGGCGCUCUGCAUCAAGGAGGUCACCGCCAGCGGCUCGUUCCGCUACGGCUCCGGCGAUUAUAAGCUUGCCAUUCAGCUUGUUGAGCAGGGCAAGGUUGACGUCAAGAAGCUCGUCAACGGCGUUGUCGCUUUCAAGGAUGCCGAGGAGGCGUUCAAGAAGGUUAAGGAGGGUGAGGUUAUCAAGAUCCUGAUCGCUGGCCCUAACGAGAAGGUCGAGGGCGGUCUUGAUACCUCCGUUGAUGAGAAGAAGCUUGAGGAGGCCAAGGCCAACGGUGGCUCUGGCUGCUGCUAA